GUGAUUAAAUAUCUGUCGUUCCAAUCCCUAAUAGUCUGUCGACCUGCUUCCGUUCCCCCAAAUCGUAGCGAAGAAGAGAGGAGAGGGAGAGAAGCGGCGGACGAGGGAGCGUGCGGCGGCGACAACUCGGCCACCGGAGGAGGCAGGCGAGAGUGCGAGCGAAGCGGAGCGGCGAGGAGAGUGAGAGGUUGAGAGAGUGCUGUAGAGAGAGAUAGAGGUAGAGGGAUAGACGUAAAGAGCCAUCUUGAGGGAACUAAGUGAAGGAAAGGGAGGAGAGGGAUAAAGUGAGCGAUAAAGUUAGAGAUACCGUCUCUCGCUAUCCUUGACCUGUACUCUCUACGCCCAUCAUGGCCAACAAGCUCGUGGUUCUUGGAAUCCCAUGGGAUGUGGAUACGGAAGGUUUGAGGGAAUACAUGACAAAGUUUGGUCCUAUGGAUGAUUGUGUGGUCAUGAAGGAGCGGUCGACUGGUCGUUCUCGAGGAUUUGGCUAUGUGACAUUCUCAUCAGCAGAGGAUGCUAAGUGUGCACUUGAUACUGAGCAUGUUCUUGGCAAUAGAACUCUUGAGGUGAAGGUGGCCACGCCCAAGGAAGAAAUGAGAGGACCAACAAAGAAAGCCACUAGAAUAUUUGUUGCUAGGAUAUCACCAUCAGUUACAGAAGCAAUGUUCCGAACUUAUUUUGAAAAUUAUGGAGAAAUAACAGAUCUGUACAUGCCAAAGGAUCAAGGGUCCAAAGGGCAUCGUGGAAUUGGUUUUAUCACUUUUGAUAAUGCAGAUGCAGUGGAUUCGAUAAUGGCAGAGUCUCAUGAACUUGGUGGUUCUACUGUAGUUGUUGACCGGGCUACUCCAAGGAACGAUGAGGUGAGGUAUCCAAGUAGAAUGCCACAGGGUGGAUAUGGUGCAUACAAUGCUUAUAUUUCAGCUGCAACACGGUAUGCGGCACUUGGGGCUCCGACGCUGUAUGAUCACUUUGGUUCUUAUGGAAGAGGGUAUUUUGGACCUUCACGUGGUAUUGGCAGAAAGAUUUUUGUGGGCAGACUUCCUGAGGAGGCAAAUGCUGAAGAUCUGCGCCAGUACUUUGGCAGGUUUGGCCGUAUCGUAGAUGUCUAUGUCCCAAAGGAUCCCAAGCGAAGUGGCCAUAGAGGUUUUGGCUUUGUGACUUUUGCUGAGGAUGGUGUAGCAGAUCGUGUUUCUCGCAGGACACAUGAAAUUCUUGGACAUGAGGUUGCUAUAGACUCAGCUACACCUCUUGAUGAUGCCGGUCCUAGUGUUGGAGGCUAUGUGGAUCCUGUUGAGGCCUAUGGGGGCUACGGUCCAAUGAGAAACUAUGGCAGGCUCUACGGCAGCCUGGACUUCGACGAUUACGGCUAUGGGGCUAGUGGAAGCAGCCGAUCAAGAAUGGAUUGGAGGUACAGGCCUUACUGAUGCGAGUUGUGACCUUCACUUGCACUUGGGACAUCGAUUGCUAUGUAUUAAGGCUAAAUUUGCUAGGAUGCCAAAUGGAACCAUUACUGCACUUGUGACUGAGACCUUAUCUUAUGUAUUCUGAACCAUUACUGCACCAGAUGCUUAAAAAUAUUAGCUCUAGUCUGUACUCUUGUUGCCUGUGUUAUCCUGAGUGCACCAUCGACCCAACUGACAUGAAUGCACAAGUUGUUACAUUCUUUACGGUGAA